CAAGAUUUACAUGGGGUCUGAAACAUCAACAAUUUUUUAAGAGUUUUGUGAGGCAAAUCCAAAACUUUCCCUUUUCAAUAAUUUCCAUGGGUAUACUUUGAAGGGCUUGCAUCUCUGUUCUUCUUGUUUUUGAUGGCCAGUGAUGAUGCGACGCAGUCAUUGCUUCGAGAUGAAAAGAAUGCUCUUCAGAGAAGAAGAUUUAGGCAGCCUAUGAAUGUCAAUGUAACAGAGAUCAAACAUCCUGAGCAGGAUGGCAACUCAUCUCUCAAAUGGCUUGAAUCAUUUCUUGAGAAUCAAGAUUGUAGCUUCAAGAAAGUGUUCCUUGUCUUGGCUAUCUAUCUAGGUGUAGGCACUCUAUGUCUCUCCCUUGUCAUGAAUCAGAUCGAAGGCAAGAAAACAAAUGGGAUUGUUGAUGCUGUUUACUUCUCUGUUGUGACAAUGACAACAGUUGGAUAUGGAGAUCUAGUGCCUCAUACCACAUUGGCCAAGCUUCUUUCGUGCGUUUAUGUUUUUGCAGGCAUGGCUCUUGGCGGGAUAAUUCUCAGCAAGGCAGCGGAUUACAUCGUAGAAAAGCAGGAGAUUCUCUUGGUUAGAGCAAUGCACAUGAAUGAAAAAACUGGUUUAUCUGAGAUCCUAGAAGAGGUUGAAACACAUAAAGUCAAGUACAAGUUUCUUCUCGCCCUAAUCCUUCUCUUUCUCCUCAUGAUAGUUGGAACCAUCUUCUUAUAUCUAGUUGAGAGUUUCGAAUUUGUUGAUGCAUUUUACUGUGUCUGUUCUUCCAUCACUACUCUUGGAUACGGAGAUGACAGCUUCUCAACCAGGGCUGGUCGAGUAUUUGCUGUCUUCUGGAUACUGUGCAGCACCAUUUGCUUAGCUCAAUUCUUUCUCUACCUUGCUGAAUUAUACACUGAAAAGAGGCAAAGAUUGCUCGUUAAACGGGUUCUUGCUCGAAAUGUCACAGCCUCAGAUCUCGAGGAAGCUGAUAUUGAUCAUGAUAAAACUGUAAGUGCUGCAGAGUUCAUUGUGUACACGUUGAAGGAGAUGGGGAAGAUAAGCCAGGAAGAUAUUUCAUUAGUGAUGGAGAGAUUCAGAAAACUUGAUGUUGAUCAGUCAGGGACCUUGACAGAAUCAGAUAUAAUUCCUUCUCAGUCAUCUUAGCACAGACAUUCCUGCUAAUGUCAAAUCCCCAAUCCUCUUAUAACUAGUUAAGGAAAUUUGUAAAACAUUAAUAAAAACUUCCCCUCGUUUACAACUAUGUAAAGACAAUUGUUAUUUCAAAAUUUCUCGAACUUGAAUAAUUUCUUGAAAGGGAACGCAUUUUUUU